AUGGCGCCUUCGCCUGAACAGCAGCCACAUUGGAGCCCCACGUCACCGCGAUCUCCAAGUGCAUCGAUCAAUCAGCAAUCAGAUGCUGUACCCGAUUUCUUGCAUCACAUCAAAUCCAACGCAAGGUGGGCCGUGGACGACGCCUUGCCGCCACCGCACAGGCGCUCGUUUGUGCCUAUCAGUGCCCUUCGACGCUACCUCACCGAAGGGAAGAUCCGAAGGAUCCUGGCUAGCUCCCUGUCUUCUAGCACAGCCUGCUCGAAGGUUUACAAAGAUUACAUACGCGUUUUUACUAUUCUUGUAUACAUCAACAAACUCCCAUGGCUCCGACGUUUCCUCAGGGAACAACGCCUCGAGGACAAUUUUCUGCCCUUCGUAAACGAUUCAGAUUGGCCCACGGACAUGCGCGAGUUCUUCGACCAGUUUGUCGAAGCCCAAUGGCAGUUUUGUGCUCAGGACUUCGAAUCAACGAGACUCAAUGGCGAUUUUCGAAUCGACGAACGAAUCAUCAUUCCAAUCGUGGAAAAGCGGCUUAUAAAGAAAGGCCCCGAUUCAAGCGCAUGGGAAGUGGAUAUUCACCCAGACUACAAUCACUUGACUGAGCGAGAUGAGUGUGGCAACCAGCCCACAAAUAAAUUCUUUCUCAAGUCCUGCUCUGCAGAAAACGCGGAUCUUCACCACAAGGAAGUGGAAGCCUACACAAUCUUGAGAGAGCAAAAGGAUCUAUUGCCCUACUUAGCACAAUUCCAUGGAUCAUGGGUACAAGGCCGAAAUUACAACAUGCUGUUGGAGUAUGUCGGCGGCGGAACUUUGACCAGGUUUAUGGAACACCCCGAGACACCGGUUCAGGUUGAGCACAUCCUCCAUUUCUGGACCGGACUGUUAAAUCUCGUGAUACCACUGAUUCGAAUACACAGUCUGCACCACGAGGAAUUUGGCCAACUAGACAUACAAGGCAUUCACCAUGACAUUAAACCAGAUAACAUUCUUGUCACUGUAGCUUUUGGACCUUCCAGAUUUGCAGUUCGAUUUAAGUUGGCCGAUUUGGGCCUUACCGAUUUCGAUUACAAACUUGAGCGCUGGAACGGUACAAACAAAAAUGUGAAAGGAACCCAGAUGUUCAGCCCUCCGGAGCUUUACGUCAGGGAAGGCGAUUCUAUUCUCGAGCGUACGAUCCUGGACGCACGGCCUACGAAAGAUAUAUGGGCCCUCGGCUGCGUUUUCAGUGAAGCUGCAGCUUGGCUAGUCCUCGGAAGAGAAGGCCUGCAAAUGUAUCGAUUGAGGCGCGCGGAAGCAACGCAACAGGUCGAGGCUCUUCAGAAUACUUCUCACAACGGGUGCUUCCACAAUGGAACCAAAGUGUUGCAAGAGGUUCUAGACACCCACAGAAAGAUAAGAAAAGAGUGUCGCCGAAAUGACGAUAUAACAGAAAGAGUUCUUGCCCUUGCAGAAGACAUGCUCGGUCAUGAGUCUGUACGCCCCACGGCCGUCCAGGUUUACCAACGAUCCACAAGUAUCUUGGAUGCAGCACGUCACGUGCCAGAGCAGAGCCCCACCACAGUCAAUAGGUUCUCGUAUCCGAACGUUUUCAUAACGUCAGCCACGCCUGAUGUUAAUCGCAGGGCUCCGCCUGAGUGCCCACCAGAGGUCAACAGAAACGGGUUGGGCGUUUCGUUCAGUCCCGUGGUGGAAAGCUAUUCCCCUGCUUUCGCUGGCCCGAGCUCUUCCCUCUCCGUGGCUCCAUACAAACCGUACAAUUUCAAUGGUUAUGACAUAUAUGAACAUAGAAAUUCACGCAACUCUGCGGUCGUUCCGUCAGAGAGAAGCAGGCCAUUCAUAUCCCGAGACGCUACAUACGAAAUUCAUGGGCUGAGUCCAAGGCCCAUUGGAGCGCAUCAAAUUUCUGAACAAGUUAUUCGCACGAGGCAGUUUGGUGAUUUUUCAGCCCAAAAGCAUCCAAUCGAACAGAACGAAGAAGCGGUCUCGAAUCCGACAACCCCCAAAGCUUCGGUCAUGGACACGCACGAACAACCGUCCCAUUUUUCCCAUCCAAAGUUGAACGGAACCUCUAGUCCAAGAACAACUCUCCAGCCGACUGAAAGACGAUCGAGGUUCCCUGAGGCUUCUCUCCAGGAAGUGGAGCAGUGGGUUAAACGGACAGAAUCAUAUAGUCGAACACCGCUCCUUCAAGGCUACCAUUCGCUGAAACCAUUGAAUGGUAGAGAUCACGUGUUCCUCUUCGACGACUCUGGGAGUAUGAAAGACCAUUGGCCUGCCGCACUUCGCGUAUUUUCCACACUCGGAUACAUAGUAAAACGGAAAGACCCCGACGGCAUGGAGAUUCGCACAACAAUGGAUACAUCUUUUAAGAAACUUAGCAAGCACCGGAAGCCCCUCCUUAAUGCACUAAGCAGUGUCGGCCUUCGCUUAGGCGGUCAGUGCGACAUCGGGCGAACCUUGAGCGCGAUACUUCGGGACCUACAUCACGAAGAGAAAAAGAGCCCAACUUGGACCGGAUUCCGAUGGCGCAAAGAAAAGUGGGGGGUCAAUAUCUACAUCCUUACUGAUGGCAUCUGGGAAGAGGGAGAUGAGUGGCUUCCCGCCAUCGUUGACAGUAUAAACAAGCUUAUCGAGAGUGGUAUGCGUAAAGGUCAACUGGGAAUUCAGUUCAUCCAGUUUGGGUCAGACCCAGUCGGUACUGAGCGUCUCCGAAUGCUGGAUGAGGAUCUGGAUGAGUAUGGCGUGAGCCAGGACUUGAUCGACACCGAACCUUCCACUGGGAAUGUCUACAAGAUGCUGCUCGGUGCCAUUGAUGUAACAGCGGACGGCCCCAAAUCAAAACAUACAAGCACAGCGGCGCCCACCAGCUAA